AUGCCUAGCCAGUUGCUGAGGAACAGCCUCCAGGCCCACCUUUAUAUGCUGACCAUGAUGCCAUAUGAAGUGGAAUAUCCCCCUGGUCAGUUGGCAUCAGCUGUUCCGGUUGUGCCCCCUCCCAGCUCCUCGUGCACCCACAGCCUCCUUGCUGGUGGGGUGGGCCACAGGAACAAGUCUUCAGCGUGGCCUCACUCUUCAGGGACCUGGAGCUUGAACCAGGGGACACCUUAUGGAUGGGAGAUGACGGCAAACAGAGAUGGAAGAGACUACUUCAUCAAUCACAUGACACAAUCAGCCACAUUUGAAGACCCUCGAAUAGAGAGCUGCCAAAUAACCCCUCCGGCCCCUCGGAAAGUGGAAAUGAGGAGGGAUCCUGUGCUAGGAUUUGGGUUUGUGGCUGGUAGUGAAAAGCCAGUUGUUGUACGCUCAGUAACACCAGGCGGCCCCUCUGAAGGAAAGCUUAUACCAGGGGAUCAGAUCAUAAUGAUUAAUGAUGAGCCAGUCAGCACUGCUCCAAGGGAGAGAGUCAUCGACCUUGUCAGAAGCUGCAAAGAAUCGAUUCUCCUUACUGUUGUUCAACCUUACCCUUCUCCUAAAUCAGCUUUUAUUAGUGCUGCAAAAAAGGCAAGAUUGAAGUCCAAUCCUGUCAAAGUGCGCUUCUCAGAAGAAGUAAUUAUCAAUGGCCAGGUAUCGGAAACAGUUAAGGACAAUUCACUUCUUUUCAUGCCAAAUGUUCUGAAGGUGUACCUUGAAAAUGGACAAACCAAAUCUUUCCGUUUUGACUGCAGCACUUCCAUAAAGGAUGUCAUCUUAACACUCCAAGAAAAGCUUUCCAUCAAAUGUAUUGAACAUUUUUCCCUGAUGCUGGAGCAGAGGAUUGAAGGAUCUGGGACAAAACUCCUUUUGCUACAUGAACAGGAGACUCUAACUCAGGUGACCCAGAGGCCAAGCUCUCAUAAGAUGAGAUGUCUUUUCAGGAUUAGUUUUGUCCCAAAGGACCCCAUUGAUCUUUUAAGAAGAGAUCCAGUUGCUUUUGAAUAUCUCUAUGUACAGAGCUGUAACGACGUGGUGCAGGAAAGAUUUGGACCAGAACUGAAAUAUGACAUUGCCCUGCGGCUGGCUGCAUUACAAAUGUAUAUUGCAACUGUGACCACCAAGCAAACUCAGAAAAUCUCUCUCAAAUAUAUAGAAAAAGAAUGGGGAUUAGAGACUUUUCUUCCAUCUGCUGUGCUGCAAAGCAUGAAAGAAAAGAACAUAAAGAAAGCACUUUCACACCUUGUCAAAGCAAAUCAAAACCUAGUUCCUCCGGGUAAAAAGCUAUCUGCUCUGCAAGCAAAGGUGCAUUAUCUAAAGUUCCUCAGUGAUCUACGGUUAUAUGGAGGCCGCGUUUUCAAGGCAACAUUAGUGCAGGGAGAAAAGCGUUCAGAAGUGACUCUGUUAGUAGGGCCACGGUAUGGAAUCAGUCAUGUGAUAAACACCAAAACAAACCUGGUGGCUCUCCUGGCAGACUUCAGCCAUGUGAACAGGAUUGAGAUGUUUACAGAAGAUGAAAGCAAUGUUAGAGUUGAGCUGCAUGUCUUAGAUGUAAAACCUAUUACUCUACUGAUGGAGUCAUCAGAUGCAAUGAAUCUUGCUUGCCUAACGGCUGGAUACUACAGACUGCUGGUUGACUCAAGGCGCUCAAUAUUCAACAUGGCCAACAAGAAGAAUACAGGGAGCCGAGAAACAGGAAAUGAAAAUAGAGGGAAGCAUAAUCUCCUUGCUUCUGAGUGGAAUUGUAUACCAAAAGCCACCACUUUCCUGACUGAAGAAGAUCAGGAGACUCAAAUGUCCUUUGCUGAUCCAAAACAGAAGACUGUAGAUGUUUCUGAAAGUCUAUUAUGUCAAAAAGAACACAGACAUCUGUACAUAGAAAAUGCAUAUAAUUCAGGUGGAUUUGAUCAUCAUCUGGCCAAGCAAAGUGACCCCACUGAAGCAGAAGAAAGCAGAAAUUUUAAUCAGCCUUCACUGCUAUCACUCUCAGGUCUGGAACCAAGCAAGAAAGCACAGGAUUCACCCAGGGGAGCAAAAGUUUCUUUUAUAUUUGGAGAUCACAACUUGGAUGGUAUCAGUCCCCAGACUCUUGGCUAUGAAAGGCUUUUGGAUGAAAGUCCAGAAGUAUUAGAAAAACAAAGAGCCAUUUAUAUUAGUAAUGCCAAUGACAUUAAAGGCCUGGAGUUGUCACCAGAUGCCGAAAGCAUUCAGUUUGCUACAAAUGCUGUUUACGCAACUAUAAAUGAUGGUAAAAUAUUUGGAGCUGCGGAGGGGAUAGAAGAGCCUUUGCUGCAUGAUAUUUGUUAUGCAGAAAACACAGAUGAUGCUGAAGAUGAAGAUGAAGUAAGCUGUGAAGAAGACAUUAUGGUAGGAGAAAUCAAUAGGCCUGCUCUUCUCAGCCUUUCUGGUUCUAGUGAUGACAUUAUUGAUUUGACUUCACUUCCACCUCCUGAAGGUGAUGAUAAUGAAGAUGAUUUCUUAUUGCAUACCUUAAACAUGGCCAUUGCUGCUCCUCCACCUGGCUUCAGGGACAGUUCAGAUGAGGAAGACUCUCAGAAUCAAGCAACACAGCCUAGAGACAACAAGGAGCAAGCCAAUAAUCUAGGCAGUGAUGACAUUCCAGUGUCGCUUAUCGAUGCUGUCCCUACUAAUACAGAGGGGAAGUGUGAGAAGGGGCUAGAUGAUGCUGUAGUCUCUACACUUCAAGCACUAGAAGCUUUGGCUGCUUCAGAGGAACAGCAGACGAAUGACAAUUCAGGUGUAGCUAUCCUGCGAGCAUAUAGUCCUGAGUCAUCUUCCGAUUCUGGCAAUGAAACAAAUUCCUCUGAAAUGACUGAAAGCUCUGAACUAGCUGCGGCACAGAAACAGUCAGAAAACACUGCACGUAUGUUUCUGACCACAAGUGAAGGCUACCAACCCCUUGUGGAAGAGCAGACUGAAUUCACCAUGGCUAAAAAUCAGGCUGGAGGGCCAGGCAUGAAGCCCUCACAGCCUUUGGCUGGUCGUCAGGCUGCAGAGCUACAGUCAAAAGUUGUGCCUUCAAAGCAGAUUCUUCAUUCAGAUAACAUGGAAAUGGAGCCAGAGACCAUGGAAACAAAAUCUGUCACUGAUUACUUUAGCAAAUUGCACAUGGGAUCCUUGGUAUAUUCUUGCACUAGUAAAAGGAAAAAUAAGAUGACAGACAGUGAAGUAAAAGCAUCCUCUGAUGGCAAUGCUACUGUGAAAAAGCCACAAGGAACUAAAAAAGCAGAGACUGAUGAAGAUCUAAAAGCUAAAUUUGGAACUCUUUCAGCAAGAGACAGUCAACGCCUAAGCACUUUUAAUGUGGAAAGAACUGCCUUUCGCCAAAGAUGGUACGCUGAUGAUGAUGGGGCAGCAGAUAAGCCAAGCUCAGAAACAGUGAACGGGAAGACAUUUCCAAGAGUUCCUGCGCUUGGUAAAACAGAAACUGACUGCAAAGAUGAAGUCGAUCCUGAGGUGGAUCAGGAUGAUACCUCGGGGCUUAGCCAAGGUGAAAACUUUCUGUCAGAUAUAACUCCCGUGUCUUCAGCCAAAGACCUAAACGAUGCAGAAGAUACUGAUUUAUCUGCAGAUGACCAUCCUUCAAAGCUUCCAGAAGCUGAGCAGAGCGUGGCUAGACUUUGUGAAUAUCACUUGGCUAAGCGCAUGUCAUCUCUGCAAAGUGAAGGCCAUUUCUCACUGCAAAGCUCUCAGUGCUCUUCAGUGGAUGCAGGAUGCAGUACAGGCAGUAGCACAUGUGCUACCCCUGUUGAAUCUCCUCUUUGUACUUCUGAUGUUAAGCACAUUAUCUCUGACCCAUCAAUGAAGGGCAUUGCCUAUAUUCCAGCAGAUGAAAGAGCUGCCAUUCUUCCAAAACACGGAACGACAUACAAGGACCUGCACCAGCAGCCUGAAGCCGUAUGUCACAGAAUGACAGUGCCUGUUGUGCAUUCAGCAAUUAAUGCUGAACCACUGUUCGGCACUUUGAGAGAAGGAUGUCAUCGGAUCCCCAAGAUAAAAGAAACCACAGCUUUCACAGAGCCUGAGAAGGGAAGACAAGGAGGCAUGCCUACAGCUUUUCCUAGACAGCCUCUAGCUGACUCCAUCAUGCUAUCAUCCAUGCUAUCAGAAUCAAAGGUGCCAAGUCAAAAUCAAGACUCUUGUGACAUUCCCAAAGUAAAUCAGGCUUGUGGAGCAACAGUUAGUUUACGGCCAUAUGACAUGAUAGGAGGAAGCCUCAGGAUGCCACACAACAGGAAAGUGCUGAGACGUAGCAGCAGCAUCAUUGGAGCAUCUGCAAGUGUUGAGAUGCUGUUUGAAAAGAAGGCAGCCGCAGACAGCUUGAAAUGCCUGGACAUCACCCGAAGGGACGAAUCCAAAUCAGGGAGAAGUGUGGAACUCUCCCUGGGCAAAAAGCUGUCAAAAAGUUAUUCCCAGAGUUGUGUAUAUGUCAGCACUGAUAGGAAGGACAGUAAGAGGUGCUCGGGCACAGGCACCAGUCAGAAAGACUCUAAGCAGGGUCGAACGCUACCCUUGCGGAAGGUGGACACCAGUGCCUGGAGGUGUCGUGGCCCCUUUAGCUAUUGUUUCCUAAGCAGAGGAAACGAUGACAACGAUGAUGAAGAUGACCAAGAUAGCCAUCAGCUCUCAUGUCUCUUUGAACAGCAGAUCCCGUGUGAGCUCACAGAACCAGUUGGUCAGUCAUUUUCCAGAGAAAAUGAUCAGAAAGCCUUGGAGUCCCCACAAGCUGUGGAGUCCCCACAAGGUGUGUCAGUCAAUGCACAUGAGGAGAGCAGUGCUGACAUCCAAGGUGGCCAAAUUGAUGUGAAUCUCAAUGAUGUGGCCUUCGAUGAACGAAUCAUGCAAAUAAAUGUGAUGAAAGACAAGACGUAUGCAAUGCCUGAUGGAUUUAUUGCAGCACAAAAGGAUGCCAAUGAGCUACUCUCAUUGGUCCGAGCAAGUAUGGGCAAGAGGGAAGAUUUACAUUCAGAAACAUAUGACCUUAAACUUUCUAAGUACAAACAACUGUUAUCUAUGGAAUCGAGACAGUUGGGAAGUGCCUGCAGGAAAAUGGCCAUGGCUGAUAAAAGCCCUGAGGAAAUGCUUUUAGCUAUGACUUCCAGCUUUCAAGUACUCUGUUGCUUAACAGAAGCCUGCAUGCGUUUAGUUAAAGUCAUGAACUCUGAAACACAGCAGCAGGAAAUUAUAGCUAAGAUAGAUGAAGUUGUAAUAAACUACAUUUGUCUUCUAAAGGCUGCAGAAGCAGUGUCAGGCAAGACCUCCAGUGAUCCUAGCAUUAAACUCUUGGCUCAACAUUCGACUACCAUGGCCGCUAUUGUAAGCACACUAACACGUUCUCUUAAGAUGCUUUUAAACAAAUAAAAUAAAAAAGUCACUUCAUAAUCUACCUUUGCAAAGCCAUACAUAAAAAACUUUUAUUUACUGUAUGUGUAUGAACUAAUGUAACA